GACUUUUAAAGAUUAUUAUUAUUUUUAAUUCAUGAGCAGUUGAAAUUAUAAUAGAUUAAAAAAAGGGUUAAAAGGCAAGAUUUAAAAGCAACCUUAAUUUUGUUAUGGCGGCACAGUUAGCGGCAGAAGAUUUUUACUCGUGUGAAUAUAGACUGAAAAAUGAUUAUUUUUUAUUUUUUUAAUUAAAUUUUGUCUUCAAUUUUUAGGAAAAUAGUUCAAUUAAUUUUUCAAUAAAAAUAUUGAAAUUUUAAGACGUGAAAGUGAUAAAAGGAUGUAAAGGAAGGCAUACAAAAGUGGAUACUUGUUAUUUGUUAAGGUUUGGGUUGAGCAGCAAAUUUAGAAAGGAAAAGAGAAGAGCAUGGGUUUGUUGAAGAUAUACAAGUUUUUUCUGCAUGGGGUGUUGAAGCUAGCUGGGAUUAGCCCUAAAAAGAUAGAGAUCCAGCCAGGAACGGUAGUCAACUUUUGGGUCCCAACACAGAUCACCACAAAGCCAGCCGUAGUCUUCCUACAUGGCUUUGCCUUUGACGGUAUCCUAACAUGGCAGUUUCAGGCGUUAGCUUUGGCCAAACACUAUUCCGUUUACGUCCCCGAUUUCGUCUUCUUCGGCGAUUCCAUCACCGACAAGAGUGAGAGGUCGGUGGAGUUCCAAGCUGAGUGCAUAGCCAAAGGGUUGAAGAAACUGGGUGUCCAAAAAUGUACCCUGGUCGGUUUUAGUUAUGGAGGAAUGGUUGGUUUCAAGAUGGCUGAGAUAUACCCUGAGUUGGUCCACUCUAUGGUGGUCACCUGCUCCACUAUGGCCUUGACUGAGUCCAUCAGCAAAGCCCGACUCCACCGUCUUGGGUUCAACAGCUGGCCAGAUUUUUUGCUCCCUGACUCAGUCCAGGGCGUCGAAACCCUUGUUCAACUUGCUUCCCAUAGUUUUCCAAAGUUUCCCAAUUUUAUUUACAAAGAAAUUUUGGAGGGAAUAUGUAAAUACAGAAGGGAGAAAGUGGAACUCUUAAAGGCUUUGGUUAUAAGUGAUGAGGAAUUUACAGUCCCUAGUUAUCAUCAGGUUUGCGAGGAGUCAACAGACACAGGGGCUUACCAAUUUGGUGUAAGGAAGGCCACCUCGGGCAGUGGGCGUACUGUGGAGGCACAUGGGCAGUGGCACAUUAGGCUUCGUAUUUUUGGGUUAACUUUUUUUAUUUUUUGGGCCAUAGUGUAUUCAAGUGUAUUCGGGCCCUGAAACGGACUUGUAGUUGGAUUGUCUAUUUGUUUGGUUUUGUUUAUCUAAUUUUACUUGGGCCUUUUGUUUGUUUGUAAUUUGGGCCCGUGCAAAUUGGGUUAUUACAGCUGCCCCUCUUUGCUUAUUGUUGUGUAACGGGAAUGAAGCAAAAACUUUUAAUAAGGACCAACUUUGCCCAGUUUCGCCAAA